UCUAAAUUAAUUAGAAUUUUUUUUGUAGUGUCAAAACAAAUCCAAUUUCAAUACUAGCACUAAAAAGUCUCUAAAUUAAUCAACAUAUUUUAAUAUUGUCUGUACAGAGUACAUUAAGUAAAAUUAAUGACAUUUGAUAGAGUUCUGCUUCCUUCUGUCCAUAUGAAUAAAUCACUGUGGCAGAAAAAAAAAGGGACCAUUAAAAGAACUGCCACUGUUUGAGUACACAAGAUUGUUACUUAGCACUCUCCCACUCCCACUUCGAGACGGUGUGUAACGAGACUUCGUUCACAAACAGCUGGUCAAUCCAGAUUGGUCACUGCAUCUUGAAGGGUUACAAGGAGCGCUGAAAAUAAAGAAACUAAAGUAGCACAAUGAACUGUUACGUGCGUGAGAGAACCUCUGAGGUAUGUCAUGGGAGCUCAGGCUUUUUUUCUUGCUUUAAAAGUCCCAAAGUAAUAAUGUUUUUAAUGUUUUAUAUUCUUAAUGUAAAUCUACUAGACAAAUAUACUUCUUUAUAAAUAGCCUAUAGGCCUAUAGUAUUUUCAAAGUAACAAAAUUAAAAGAAAUGUAACACAAAAUGCAUGAGAAAUAUAAUUAAUAUAAUAAAAUAUUCCAGUAAUGUAACUGUGAAAUGAUUUGGUGAAUUUAAAUGCAAUGAUGAAAUAACUCUCAUUAGCUGUGUGAUUUAUUGUUAAUGCUUGUGGUUCACGUAACUUGUUUAAAGGAUUUCUUAAAACGAUAUUUUUAUCGCAUGCAAUUGCUCGUCUUGUGUUAAUCUGUGUGAUGUUGAUGCUGGAAGCAGUGCAUGGAGCUCCAUGUAUUUUUUGUCCCAGACGAGCAGUGGAACUCGAAGUUGAAUAAAGUGUCAGUCGAAGCCAUAGACAGCUUCAUAUCAGCAGGAUUCAUCAGAGUGUAUCCAGACACAAGUCUCAAAGCCAUUAGAGGAGAACUUGGGUCAUUGCUUGGACCUGACAGGGUCAUGGACAGAUAUUGCUUCUUAAAAUGUGUUGGUAGAAGCUUAGCAAUGGUCAAGGCCAAACAAGAGAAAGAACUGAAAGCAAAAUCCUUUGCUCCACCUUAUUCCCCUUACCCAGAGCUCUACCUUCUGCCAGUUGAAGAGAAUGCCAAUAGCCUUUGCUCCAGGUCUCUAAGCUCAGACACUGUCCUUUACAACACUGACUCUUACCCUCCUAGACCCAUUUUUGCACCUGGCCAGACAAAAGAACCUACUAAAUUCCCACUAAUCAAACAAGGGCCCCAGCAGUAUGUCCUAGCCCAAAGUCUAGAAAAUGAGAGUAGCUUCAGUUCCUUGGAGGAGAGGGAGGAAGACUCUCUGGGAUGUGAAGACUCCAUGUGGACUGAAGCUCCCAAAAUGUGUUGGAAUGUCGAAGAGGAGUUUGUGGCAAAGCAGCAUGAAAUGCUCCCCAUCAAACAAACUCCAAAUGAAAUGGAGAAAAAUGAGAUAAAGCCUUGUUACAAAAGAAAUUUUACCAGAGAUCCUGGAGUACCAGAUAUGCUGGAGGGUCCGGAUACUGGGUUAUUCCACUCUCAAGGAAGGAAGUCAAAACUGUCUCCGACAUUGAAGCCACCCAGAAAGAAAUCAGGUGAUGAGUGUGCAAUGAAGAUGCAUGAAAGGCUUUAUUGCAGAAAGUGCCUUGUUUUCUUCUUUUCACAGCAGGUCCAUGUGGAUAGAGCCGAAACUAGAGUUCCCAUUUUGUGUGAUUCAGCUCCUAGUGCCCUUUCCCAGCCUCUGCAUGUGAAAAAGCCCACCCCUAAACUUUCAUCUAACAGGGAUGAGUUGCUGAAGGAAAUUCGGCUGGUCAAAGAAGAGAGAAAAAAGCUAGAAAGAACAAGACAAGAACUUCUGAGAAAGGGAAAAGAACUGCUAGCUCUGAAUAGACACUGUAGGAACCAAGCACGAGACAAGUGGAAGAGAAGGUAUUUUGACACCAAAAAGGCCACAGCAUCACUGGAAGAAACCUUGAAAAGCCUUCGCCAGGAACUCGAGACAUUUUACAACAAACUGUUUCAGCAACUACAAGCCAGAGAUGGAAGAAACAAACAAAGACGAGCAGGGAAACUCUCAAGUACAAAGAAUGACCUUAUAAUCCAGAUUAUGACUGAAAGCUGCGAAAUCGAUAACCUGAGGAAAAGCAUUGAUGACGCCAAAAUGAAACUUGACACAGAAAUUAAGCUGAGGAAUCAGGCUGCCACAGAGCUUCGAGCCUUGAAAGCAGAACUAAUGCAGAAGAAAUCUCAGUACUCAUACACUGAGCCUCUCAAAGGUUCUGCUGACCUUGCAUAACAUCUUGACUCACUUCCUAAAUUUGAAAUGGACUGUGUAUCUAUUAGUACUCUAGUAGCUAAAUUAAAUUUGUGAUGACUUCUCUGACCUCUCAAACUUUAUUCAGGCAGGCAAUCACAUCUAACCCACUGUAACACUCACCCACUUACACAUAUCCAGUUUCUACGCAAUCUUUUUCUGGAAGCCAACUAGAAUAGGCUUUUUCAUCACACUACAAAUAAUAUUUAAAUGGGAAUGAAGAAAGAUGUGUCUGUUGUUUAAU